UUUACGGUCCGGCUACGCAAGGGUGCUGCUAGUGCGCAUUUCAAAGCUGUAAAUCUGUUGACCGUCAAGAUGAUGUUCGAAGACAUUUUUGAUGUGAAAGAUAUCGAUCCAGAAGGAAAGAAAUUCGAAAGAGUUUCUCGUCUUCAUUGUGAGAGCGAGAGUUUUAAAAUGGAUCUUAUUUUGGACGUGAACACUCAACUUUAUGCAGUCGAUGUUGGAGACAAGUUUCGACUUGUUCUCACUAACACUUUGAGGGAAGAUGGAAUGACAGAUGAUGGCGAAUACAACCCGUUAGAGUCCAGCUCAUCACGAGCUGACAGUUUCGAGUACAUCAUGUACGGCAAAGUCUACAGAAUAGAGGGAGAUGAUAGCAGCUACGAUACAUCAACGUCGAGACUGGGUGUGUAUGUUUCGUUUGGUGGUCUGCUGAUGCGCAUACAAGGCGACGCCAAUAACCUACACGGAAUCGAAAUUGACCAAAACAUCUACUUACUAAUGAAGAAGCUAGCAUUUUAGUUGCCAUAGUAACAACACAACA